AUGUUCCGAAUUUUACUAACCACACUCAUGGCAUUGGUAUGCUUCACCGGUUCUUCACCACCGCCGAUGGUCGGCGCGCUAUGGAACUUGGAAGAGGUCACCGAAUGCGAGCUCCACUACAACGCGCUCGUCUACAACAACUACGGCUGCUGGUGCGGGAUCGGCGGUGCGCACGAGCCGGUGGACGGCAUUGAUGCUUGCUGCAAAGUGCACGACAAGUGCUACGACGCGGCCGUCGACGCGAAGGUUUGCUACGACACCGCUUGGGAGUACGUCGAUGACUACAGCUGGAAGUGCGAAAACGGGACGGCCAUUUGUACCGACACCAGCUCGCCGUGCAAGGUCGCGCUGUGCGCGUGCGACAAGGCGGUUGUUGAAUGCUGGAAGCACUUCCCCAAGCCCACGAUCAAAGCCAAGUGCAACGCCGUCCGCCAAUACCUGAAAUACCUCAACCGGCCGCACCAUUUCUACCAC